CUUCUCAAACCUGCUGCAGAGGAAUCGACUGACUGCACCGACAGCACGGCAAAGAUGAUUAAGAACUGGAACUACCACUGCAAGCCCAACAACAUUGCUCAUCGUACGAUCGAAAUUACAGAUGAUCAGCUGAUUGUGAGGCGGGGCCAGUCCUUCCUCCUGACUCUGGAAAUGAGGCAUCCUUUCAGUCACUAUGACACACUCAGCCUCACCGUGGAGACGGGUGCUGCUCCGUCAGAAAGGCGUGGGACCAGGUCCGUGUUUGGUAACCCAUCUCCCAUGUAUACCAGUGACACCAAAGCCAUAUGGAAGUACAGCAUCGACAAGAGCGCCAACUUACAGAUGGGCAUCGUGACCCUGUCCGUGACCCCGCCAGCCGAUGCCCCUGUGGGGAAGUACUCUGUGUCUGCAAGCACUGAGAAAGACAGAACGAAUCUGGGGGAACUGGUGGUGCUCUUCAACCCCUGGUGCUCAGAUGACUGGGUGUAUCUUCCCGAUGAGAGGGAAAGAUAUGAAUACGUGCUGAACGAACAGGGCAUUAUCUACACAGGAACGUCGAGAUACCUAAGGCCUAUGUUCUGGGACUUUGGACAGUUUGAGAAGAAAAUGGUGGACAUUUGUCUCAAGAUACUGGACGUCAAUCCUAAACACGCCAAAGACCCGGCCGACGAUGUCUCUGCUCGCUGUAACCCCAUCUAUGUGAGCCGUGUGAUCAGCGCCAUGAUCAACUGUAACGAUGAUCGAGGUGUGUUAGAGGGACGCUGGCAUGAAGACUAUGCUGAUGGAGUAAGGCCCACCCACUGGAACGGCAGCUUUAGCAUCCUUCAGCGCUGGUAUCCAAACACCCGGCCAGUCAAGUAUGGACAGUGCUGGGUGUAUGCUGGUGUGAUGUGUUCAGUGAUGCGGUUCCUGGGUAUCCCGUGUCGUGUUGUCACAAACUUCCAGUCAGCUCACGACACAAACACCAGCCUCACUAUCGAUGAGUAUUAUGACGACUAUGGACUACGACCCUCAGAGAGUGGGGACAGCAUCUGGAACUUCCACGUGUGGGUGGAGGGAUGGAUGAAACGACCAGACCUGAAGAAAGGCAGCAGGUAUGACGGUUGGCAAGUCUUGGAUCCGACACCACAGGAAAGGAGUGAAGGGAGGUACUGCUGUGGUCCAGCCCCAGUCGCCGCCAUCUUCCAGGGAGAUACUGACGUAAAGUAUGACGUGCCAUUUGUCUUUUCUGAGGUCAACGCUGACAUUGUCAAGUGGCUGGGCAGUGCUGGUGGUACAAAGAGGAAAAUGCACUCUGACACUACCACAGUAGGUCAGCACAUCUCCACCAAGGCUGUUGGCGUGAACAUAAGAGACGAUAUAACAAACUGCUACAAACACAGAGAAGGCAGUAAAAAGGAGAGGGCUGUCUUCAAGCGUGCAGUCACCAGAGUGAACUCAGGAGAUGAUCAGGAGGACGAUAACGGGGACAAGCCACUGAAGGUGGAGAUGAAAAUCGAAGAGGACGCCAAUGUGCAGAGGGGUCAGGACAUUAAACUACAGCUCAAGCUGAGAAACAAAGAUCGCACCAACAAGACAAUGUCCAUCCGCGUCAAUGCCCAGGCCAUGAGGUACACCGGCAAGCCAGCAGGCAACAUGCAGAGUGCAGUCCAGAACAGGACGCUGUCGCCAGGACAAGAUGUGACCAUACCUUAUGUGAUCCUAUUCUCAGCCUACAGUAAACACAUGGUGGGCUGUGACAGCAUGAAGGUUUCAGCCGUGGCCAUUGACCAACAGCAGCAAGAUGACAUCUACGAGACAGAGACUGACAUUGUCCUGGAGGACUCUCCCAUAUCUAUACAGGUUUUGGGAGAGGCUCGUGUGGGCCGAAUAAUGAAUAUGAAGGUGGAAUUUAAAAACCCACUCAAUGAGACGCUGAGAAACUGCUCUCUGACUGUCACCGGAAGUGGCCUUUUUGAAUCUGACCAUGUUGAAGGUAACAUUUGGGAGCUGGGGCCAAAUGCCACACUAAAGAUGGACAUCACAACGAUUCCCUACAAGGCCGGACAGAGGGCUGUGUUUGCUGACUUCGACUGCAGCGCCUUCAAAGACGUGAUGGGCAGCUGCACCGUCAGCGUCAAAAACUAAAGCUCUGCUUCCACCAACUUCCUGUUUGUUUUGUUUGUGUGUUUGCACCCUUUGAUUCAGGCUAAAGUAAGAAGAAUGUUUAAUGACUUAUUAAUUAUGCUGUGGUGUAGGGUUUUUCCCCCUCAUAUAAAGUGUCCUCUCCUUUGUGGCGUUUGUCACUUAAACACGUGUAUCCAUGUAACCUAACAAAUGUGUUGAUGGGCUUCUGGGAAUAUUUUGAGCAACAUUUUUCACUAGUUUCUAUUGUUCUGUAACAACGUGCAUUGAAUAUUUUUUGAUCAAACUGGAAUUUAACCCUUUUAUUUCCCUUAUUUUUGGGCUUGACUUUACUUUUCAUUUUGAAUGUAAUGAUUUUGAUGACUUUUAACUGUAUUUUCACGUAAAGUGUUUCUAUCUG